UCUGCUCUCUCAGUCUGGGGAUCGGCCGUUGAUUGCUCGGUCUGAGCUCGUCACACAGCGCGAGCGGCAAACUUCGAACUGAGAGAAGUGGGCGGGGCUCCGGGGCCCUAACAGCUGCGCAUCACAAUGGCUGCUAUUAAAGGGGAUGAUGAACAGAGUCUAAACCUGUACAUACAGGACUUCCGCACAAAAUUCAUCACGCUAAACGAAGAGUCCAUGAAUCAAGGAGUAAAGGACAUGUACAAGGACUCCAUGAGAAAAUUAACAGAAGUCUGGUCCAGGAAAUAUAGAGAUGGAGAACAAAUGAUUGAAAAGGUGGAGGAAUUGAGAAAUGAAAUCAGUUUGCAGAAUAAACGCGUUGAAGAGAAGCAAGAGCAAUUAUUACAAGAAAUUGCAAAAAUAAAGGAGAAUGAAAAUGCAAAUGUAGAACUGGCUAAACACCUCCAGGAGUUAAAGGAGGAAUUAAAUCGAAAAAGAGAGCUUGCUUUAACGAACAAAAAGGCAAAUAAGGACCGACUAAAGGAACUUCAGAAAUCUGCAGCUUUAUUUACAAACCGCCUUGGCCUGGAGAUCCGUAAACUUAGAGGGGAUAAGUUACAGUUUGUAUUCCGUUGCAUUAACCCCAAAGACCUAGAACAGCCAUAUUCCUGCAUCAUUUCCUUUAAUGAAGAUGGGGAGUAUGAAGUUGCAGGCUUUGAUCCACCAGUGGAAUGUGGAGCUGAACUUCAACAGAAAGUACGGGAAACUAAGAACUUCUCUGCUUUACUCGGCAACCUGCGAAAAGCCUUUGCUGCAUUAGGUUCUCAAGCAAAAUGAGUGGAAAUGAACACUAGAAUAUAAACCAAUUGUGUACCUGGAUGUAAGCUUUAUUUUUUUUUUUACUAAACCUUCUGUCACGGAUAUGGUUCCUAAACAAGGACUUGUUUUUAACCCCUUAGGUCGUUUUGUACUGGUAAGUCUAGUUUGGUGCACAUGGCCUUGUUAGUUAUGUUCACUAAAGACUGGAGACCACAGUGGUUAUUCUCUGUUCACUCUGACCUGAGCCUUAUUUUCCUGUUCUAGCCAUGCUUUCUUUUUUUUUUCGUUCUUUAAUACGUGUAUAAAAUAGUUUGGCAGUGAUCUAGAAAGCUAGGUGAGGAUUACGAUUGGCUGGUUGAGUCAUUCUCCUGGUAGUAAGAGCACCUUAUAGAGAGUGUGGGGAUUGCAUGGAACACAAAUUAAUACGUUGACAAAUCCUGGUUGCAGAAAGCUGUUACCUUUGCUUUUCAUUGAAUUGUGGUGGACAUGUACUUCCAGGGUCACUCCAUAAACUGCAAAACUGCAGCUAAAAUAGCUGAUCAGGGAAACUCUGUUACAGUCGCAUGUUGAGCAUUCCAGCAUGUUUUGUAAUUUUGCAGUUCAAUAGAUAACCUAUUUUUUAAUAUGUAUGAGAGAAGUAAGGAAGACAUGGUGAACAUUUGCUUAUGUUGACUUUGUUUUGAUGAAUUUUGCAGUUUGACUCGGAACCCGUUGACUGUUUCUGUAUUACAUUACCAUUAUUAAAAGAUAUUAAAAUAAACCACAGUGGAAGUUGUGCAC